AUCGCUGCCAUCGUGUUGCCUAGGAGACGAGGCAACUUUACGCUUUGUAAAAGCGAAGUCACUCCCGGUAGUACCUAUGUCCUCAAUUUCCCCAUUUGGAUGGCCUCUGGGUUUCCUUCCAGAUUUAAAAAUCUGAUCCUAUGACUUUUUGGAUUUAGAAACUUUUCAGACAUAUAAGCUGAUAAAUAAUGAAAUGAACAGAACUUGGUGAACAAUUUAUUCAAUGUCCCUGCUAUAAAAACAACGAAAAGCUCAUUAUGUGCAUUCAUACAAUGAGAAUUCAUAAUUCUAGAGCACCAGAAAUAAAAUAUACUAUCAAUGAAAGAGAGGUGAUGAAUUUAGGGUGUGGACCGAGAAAUAUAUUUCUAUGUCUAUACCUAAACAUUUAUGGACAUAUCUUUUUUUUUUUUUAAUAGCUUUUUAUUUACAAGAUAUAUGCAUGGUAAAUUUUCAGCAUAGACAAUUGCAGAACCUUUUGUUCCAACUUUUCCCCUCCUUCCUCCCACCUCCUCCCCCAGAUGGCAGGUUGACCAAUCCAUGUUAUGUUAAAUAUGUUAAAGUAUAAAUUAAAUACAACAUAUGUAUACAUGUCCAAACAGUUAUUUUGCUGUACAAGAAGAAUCAGAUUUUGAAAUAGUGUACAAUUAGCCUGUGAAGGAAAUCAAAAAUGCAGGCAGACAAAAAUAGAAGAAUUGGGAAUUCUAUGUAAUAGUUCAUAGUCAUCUCCCAGAGUUCUUUCUCUGGGUGUAGCUAGUUCAGUUCAUUACUGCUCUAUUGGAACUGAUUUGGUCCAUCAGAAUUGAUACUCAUGUAGUAUUGUUGUUGAAGUAUAUAAUGAUUUCCUGGUCCUGCUCAUUUCACUCAGCAUUAGUUCAUGUAAGUCUCUCCAGGCCUUUCUGAAAUCAUCCUGCUGGUCAUUUCUUACUGAACACUAAUAUUCCAUAAUAUUCAUGUAUCACAAUUUAUUCAAUUAUUCUCCAUUUGAUGGGCAUCCACUUAGUUUCCAGUUUCUGACCACUACAAAGAGGGCUGCCACAAACAUUCUUGCUAUGUGCAUAUCUUUAAAUAGUCAUAAGGAGAAUUUGUUUUUCUUCCUAUACAUAUUUUGUACAAGGAUUUAUUUUUCUUUCCCCCAUAACAUGAGGUAUUGGGAAGUAAAAAAAAAAAAUAUUUUUUGUUAAUUGUUUUACUUUGUUACAAGAGAAUUUUACAGAAAGAAUGAGGGGAAUCUGUAAGUAAAAACAAAAUACAUCAAUAACGUUUUAAAAAUUCAUAACUAUUCAAGUAACCAGCAUUAACAAAUGGGGGAAUUAGGCUUGAAGAAGACACGAGUCUUGAAGGAAAGUAGGAUUCUAAGAAGUGGAGGUAAGUAGGGAAAGCAUUCUAGGCAAGGGAACAAUUUUAGCAAACACAGAAAAAUGAAAGAUUGAAUAUGUGGGAACAAGGUAGGUUGCAUGUGGAUAAUGAAUAAUUUACCAAGAUAGGCUGAAACCAAAUUGUGAUGAUAAUUUCAUUGUAUAAUAUGCUCCCCAAGAAGUAGAGGGGAGAGGCCCUGGGAAAUGUCCUCUUUGAAAGCUGCUCAGGAUAGUUAAAAUGGACAGGGCCCCAGAUUCUAAUCCUAAUUAUUUUUCUGUGCCUUUUGUCUUUGGGCGACUUAUCUAAACUUUUUUGUGAUGUUUUUUAAACGAUAAAGUAAAUGGGUUGCUUCUAGCUUUGCAUCCUAAACGUUAGUGCUCUCUCUCUUUACUCUAUAGCCUGUUUUCUUCCUCCCAGUCCUUCACCCCUUUCCUUUCUCCCAGUCCCAGUUUACCUUUCCUUUCUAUUAGUCUACACUCUCCUCCCUCGGAAAACCCUUAGAAUAUUAAGGCUGGAGGGGACCUCAAAGACAGAUCAUCUAGUCCGUUUAAAGGUGAAGAAACUGAGAACUAGAGAAGAGGAGGAAACUUUUUGAAGGUCACACAACUAAUUAGUAACAGGCAGGACUGGAACCCAGGUCUCCAGAUUCCCCUGUCCCACAAACAUCUACAAUCCCCUCUUCUUCCUCUUAAUUUUUUUCCUUCUUAAUUCUCUGCAAUCGUCCAGUUUCAUUUUCCCUAAACCUUGUCCCCUUUCGUCUGGAAUUUCUUCCUAAUCCCCUUUCCCAAUCCCCUUUCCCCAUCCCCAUCCCCCAUUCUCCCACAUCCUCUCCUCUUUCGCCUCCCCGCCCUACUCUCCCUAAUUUUCCCUGCCCACUUUCCUAUACUUGCUCUCCGUAAAGCUUCGGCUAGUCCAAGAACAAUCCCCGCCUUGUCUGAGAGUAGAAUUUCGGUUUCCGUCGCCUCGGGUUACGUCUUUUUUUCCCCUCCUGGUAUUCCCGAGCGCCCUUUCCUCCCUCCCUGAAGCUCUCUCCCGUUCUUUCCCUAUUCUGAUGGUUCCUUUCUUUAGCUGGGCUCUCUAAAGCCGAUUCCUCCGUAGUCCGGGACGGCUUGCGCCCGCGGGUGUCUGGCCUGGUCUGUGUCACUGUCCGCAGCCAGUCAUGAGCUCCCUAGGUUCGCCUCGCCUCUGGCUCAGGCUUCAGCUGGAACUGCCCCCUGUGUUGCUGCUGCUGCUGCUGCUGCUGCUGCUGGGAGCCACAAGCGCCUUGGCCUCUUCGUCAGCUUCUGUAGCGGAUGACAUCGCCAACCUCAGCGGUGGGGAGAGAGUCAAUCCUGAUAAACUACUAGUAAUCACUGCUGCAACAGAAGAGACAGAAGGAUAUCUGAGAUUUCUGCAGUCUGCAAAAUUUUUCAAUUACUCUGUUCAGACACUGGGCUUAGGAGAAGAAUGGAGAGGAGGAGAUGUGGCUCGAACAGUUGGAGGGGGUCAGAAGGUUCGAUGGUUGAAGAAGGAGAUGGAGAAAUAUGCUGAAAGAAAGGACAUGGUCAUCAUGUUUGUAGACAGCUAUGAUGUACUUCUAGCUGGGAGCCCCAAAGAGUUGCUGUGGAAGUUUCUUCAGAGUGGCAGCCGCUUGCUCUUCUCAGCAGAGAGUUUCUGUUGGCCAGAGUGGGGGCUAGCAGAGAGGUACCCCACUGUGGGAAAUGGAAAACGUUUCCUCAAUUCUGGAGGUUUCAUUGGCUUUGCACCAACUAUCCAUCAUAUUGUUCGUCAGUGGAAAUACAAGGAUGAUGAUGAUGACCAGUUAUUCUACACUCGGCUCUACCUGGAUUCUAGACUCAGAGAAAAGCUUGGCCUGGCUUUGGAUCACAAAUCUCGAAUUUUUCAGAAUCUCAAUGGAGCCAUAGAUGAGGUGGUAUUAAAGUUUGACCGGAAUCAGGUUCGUAUUCGGAAUGUGGCCUAUGACACACUCCCUGUCGUGAUCCAUGGCAAUGGACCCACCAAGCUUCAGUUAAAUUACUUGGGAAACUACAUCCCUAAUGGCUGGUCCCCAGAGGGAGGCUGUGGUUUCUGUGACCGUGACCGGAUAGAUCUCCAGGAGCGGCAGCUUUUCCCCAAAGUGUUUCUGUCGGUAUUUGUGGAACAGCCAACUCCAUUCUUGCCUCGAUUCCUGCAGAGAUUGCUACUCAUUGAUUAUCCACCAGAGAAGAUUAUACUCUUCCUGCAUAAUAAUGAAGUCCACCAUGAGCCCCAUAUUGCAGCUGCGUGGCCUCAGCUUCAGGACCAUUUCUCUGCUGUGAAGCUUGUUGGACCAGAGGAGGCUCUAACUCCAGCUCAGGCCCGGGACAUGGCUAUGGACAACUGUCGUCAGGAUUCUGAGUGUGAAUUCUAUUUUAGCCUGGAUGCAGAUGCUGUCAUCACAAACCCUCAGACUCUACGCAACCUCAUUGAGGAGAACAGGAAGGUGAUAGCGCCUAUGUUGUCCCGACAUGGAAAAUUAUGGUCCAAUUUUUGGGGGGCACUGAGUCCUGAGGAGUACUAUGCUCGAUCUGAAGAUUAUGUGGAACUGGUGCAGAGGAAACGAGUGGGUGUGUGGAACGUUCCAUAUGUAUCCCAGGCCUAUUUGAUUAAGGGAGAGACACUUCGGAAGGAGCUGCCCCAGAGAGAAAUGUUCUCACAGAGUGAGAGUGAUCCUGACAUGGCGUUCUGUAAGACUGUCCGUGAUAAGGGUAUCUUUCUCCAUCUCAGCAACCAGGAGGAGUUUGGGCGCCUUUUGUCCACUGCCCGGUACAGAACAGAUCACUUAUAUCCUGACCUCUGGCAGAUCUUUGACAAUCCUCUGGACUGGCAAGAGCAAUACAUUCAUGAGAAUUAUAGUUGGGCACUUGAUGGGGAUGGCAUUGUGGAACAGCCAUGUCCAGAUGUGUACUGGUUUCCACUGCUGUCAGAGCAGAUGUGUGAUGAACUAGUAGAAGAAAUGGAGAACUUUGGCCAGUGGUCUGGGGGAAAGCAUGAGGAUUCUAGGUUGGCAGGGGGAUAUGAGAAUGUGCCUACUGUGGACAUUCAUAUGAAGCAACUGGGUUAUGAAGAUGAAUGGCUGCAAUUCCUGAGAACCUAUGUAGGACCCAUGACAGAAAACCUAUUCCCAGGUUACCACACAAAGACCCGAGCAGUGAUGAACUUUGUGGUCCGGUACAGGCCAGAUGAACAACCAUCCUUACGACCACAUCAUGAUUCUUCUACUUUCACCCUCAACAUUGCUCUCAAUAACAAAGGUCUUGACUAUGAGGGAGGAGGCUGCCGAUUCCUACGAUAUGACUGCAUUGUCUCAUCUCCAAGGAAAGGCUGGGGACUUUUGCACCCUGGGCGCCUUACCCACUACCAUGAAGGACUGCCUACUACGAAGGGUACACGAUACAUCAUGGUGUCUUUUGUGGAUCCCUGACAACUAAUUACUUUUCUCUGUCCUGUCACCACUGUGCCUUCUUGGGGCCUUAGGUCCAGUCCCCUUCCUCAUUGCUAGGGGGAGGGGACAGAAGAAUUUCUCUGAGCUCUGCUCCAUGAUGUGUGUUUAUUGUGCAUCUGUUUGUCAGUUUAGUGUGUGUCUAUCUACUUUGCCUUGAUGUGGCCCUCUCAGGUAUCUCUUGGAACUCCUGUCUUUCCUCUCCCUACGCUCAACCACAAAUGGUAGAGUAGUGAUAUGUUUGGGGGAGGUUCUCUCUGUGAUAAGUUAUUGAAUAAAGGAGGAUUUAUAA